CACACACAAGGCAGUGGAGCUGGUCUGAGGACUUCUGAAGGCCAGACCUAAGAGAGAGGCAGGAUGAGCACCACAGGAAAAGUGAUUAAAUGCAAAGCUGCUGUGUUGUGGGGCCUGAAACAGCCCUUUUCCAUCGAGGAGGUGGAAGUUGCCCCACCGAAAGCCUAUGAAGUUCGAAUUAAGAUCUUGGCCACAGGGAUCUGUCGUACAGAUGACCAUGUCAUCAGUGGAGCAAUGACUACUAAGUUUCCAGUAAUUGUGGGACAUGAAGCAAGUGGGAUUGUAGAGAGUAUUGGAGAAGGGGUAACUACAGUGAAACCAGGAGAUAAGGUCAUUCCCCUCUUCCUGCCACAGUGUGGAAAAUGCUCCUCCUGCAUAAAUCCUAAUGGCAAUUUCUGUGCGAAGGCUGAUGCUACCGGUAAGGGGGUAUUGUCUGAUGGCACCACCAGAUUCACCUGCAAAGGGCAGCCCAUCUACCAUUUCAUGAACACCAGUACCUUCAGUGAGUACACAGUGGUGGACGAAACUUCAGUGGCUAAAAUCAAUGCUGCCGCUCCUCUGGAGAAGGUGUGUUUGAUUGGCUGUGGAUUCUCCACUGGCUAUGGGGCUGCAAUGAACACUGCCAAGGUCACCCCUGGAUCUACUUGUGUUGUCUUUGGGCUGGGAGCAGUUGGCCUCUCGGUUAUUAUGGGCUGUAAAUUGGCUGGUGCUUCCCGGAUCAUUGGAAUUGACCUUAACAAAGAUAAAUUUGAUAAAGCCAAGUCUGUAGGAGCCACUGAGUGCAUCAGCCCUAAGGACUACACAAAACCCAUCAAUGAAGUCUUGAGCGAAAUGACUGAUAAUUCUGUUGGGUAUACCUUCGAGGUUGUUGGAAGCCUUGAAACCAUGAUUGAUGCCCUGGCUUCCUGCCAUAUGAGUUAUGGGACCAGUGUGGUCGUAGGAGUUCCUCCAUCAUCUAAAAUGCUCACCUAUGAUCCCAUGCUGCUGUUCACUGGACGAACCUGGAAAGGAUGUGUUUUUGGAGGUUGGAAAAGCAGAGAUGACAUCCCAAAACUAGUGUCUGAUUUUAUGGCAAAGAAAUUUGACUUGGAUCAGUUAAUAACCCAUGUUUUACCUUUUGACAAAAUCAAUGAAGGAUUUGAUCUACUCAACAAAGGAGAGAGCAUUCGAUCAGUACUUCUGAUGUGAGCUCCUAAGAGACAGGAGGUACGUGUGGAUGCAUCAGCAGCUGGCUCUUUCUCUGAUAUUUCACUUUCAUAUAAUUAUGAUGGGACAUGUGUGUUAUCUCUUGUGGAUUGAACACAAACCAGAAAUUAAGUACCUUGGAAUAAAUAAGCUUUUCCAAAAUAAGGGAUUAACAUGUCAUUGAUACAGUUCAUUUUACCUGGGGUAGUAGCAAGGUAUUAGUGUUAUUUUUUUAAUUUGUAGAAAGUAGGUUAUCUUGGAUUAGAACACCAAUAAAAGGCAUAAAUUCGUUACUUUUAACUGAAGUAGAAAUUUUAAGUGGAAUCUCAAUUUUCUUGGGUAAGAAGCAAUAAGAGCUUUAAAGACUAUUCCUCCAAGGAUUCCCAUCAUCUGCUUCCAGGAAACUAGGCUAGGCAUUGGAUGGAGUUGGAUGGUGCUACAAUAAAACUCUGGAAAGACUUUUAAAGUUAUAUUUACUACACAGAAAGCCUAUACCUGACUUCUUUCUUUUUUCCCUUUAUGUA